AUGGCUAUCGUGAUGAGCCGGUGGACUACGAAGACCAUUCUCAAGCUGGUAGCUGCAGCUCUCUGCAGCUACUUUAUUUUCAGUAUACUGUUGGUCGAUCGAGAGGUGUACUACUCGACCACUAAGAAUGUUAUACGUGCUGGACAGCAUCACCUUACGGAGGAGACGACCUUUGAUCACAUCAACAAUGAGACUCUCGGGUUUCAACAUAUCUAUGCCAUUGGCAUGAAGGAGCGUACUGAUAAACGGGACUACCUCACCCUGGCAGCUUCGUUUCUUGGGAUCAAUAUUGAUUGGAGAGAUGGGGUGUAUCCCGAUACUGUUGUUGAGAAGGCUUAUCCGUUGAGAUUGGGUGAAUCGGGAGUCAAGCCCGCCGCCAUAGGGUGUUGGCGCGCUCAUAUGAAUACGCUUAUCGAUAUCGUUGAAAAUGGCUACACCACUGCGCUUAUCAUGGAGGAUGACGCCGACUGGGACGUAUCGCUCAGACAACAGCUUGCCGAGUUUGCGCGAGGUGUGCGCACUUUGACCAACAACCAAAAGGAAUCCAAGAAAGCGCCGUACGGUACAAACUGGGACAUUCUGUGGAUUGGAGGCUGUGCAUCAGGGGCCCAUCAGAACGAGACCGAUUUUUAUGUCAUCCCCAACGAUCCAACGGUUCCAAACACCACAAUUCGAGGGCCGUGGGAAUCACCCGCAGGGCCCUCUGUGCAAUGGAGACGCGAUCAUCCAGAGUGGCCAGUAGAUUCCACGAGGUACAUCUAUCGCGCUAAUAUGGGCUGCUGCACGUUUGGAUACGCAGUGACGUUGGAAGGGGCGAGAAGGAUCUUGGCUGAACUUUCAAUCAACUAUUUGAAUUUGCCGGUGGACAAUGCCAUGAGCGACUUGUGUGCGGGAAGCAAUCGCCCCCAAUUGCGCUGUUAUGCGCCUUUUCCUAACCUGAUUGGGACGUUCAGAGCAGAAGGGUAUGUGUCGCGUGAUUCUGAUAUCGAUGUGUGGGAGGAUAGGAAAUUUGAGUGGCAUCAGGCUCAAGCGUACAAUAUGGUCUACAGCACACGGCUCAAUAUCCACCGCCUGGUUUCAGGGGCGAAGACGGUCUAUUCCCAGUGGAAGGAGUCUCCUGACCCGUGGUCGAAAGCUGAGGUGACGCUCGGGGAGAUUGAGUAUCCAAGAGGAUUGCUUGUUCAUUGA